UACCAGCGGCUAUGAAGGACAAUCCGUGCCUCUGGGCUUCAAUUUUAACGAAUUUUUGACAUUUCCACAUAACUGAAAAAAGUCAGUUAAUUUCUGCUCCACAAACUGAAACAAUGAAAUCCAAGUCACUGCCGCCACCGUCGUUCCUCCGCCGCAUGAUCGAUUUGGACACCGCAAUCUCCCACCGUAUCUACACCCUAACACAGCCAAUCCUGCCAUACUACUUCCUCAAAACCCUAGAAAUCUCCGGUGACGGCUUCCUGUUCUUCCCUAUAAUCCUCUCAUUACUCCUCUACCCUCUCGCUUUCUCCAACAACAACACUAAUUCCAACAACAUUUUCCUAAUUAACUUACUCUUAGGUGGAAUCCUUGACCUAAUCGUAAUCGGACCAUUAAAACACCUUAUUCGGAGGCCCCGACCCGUUUACAAUAAGAACAUGUUUGUUUCCUUUUCUGUUGACCAUUGGUCUUUUCCUAGUGGGCAUUCAUCUAGGGUUUCAAUGAUUGCUACACUCUUUUAUCUUAAGUCUGAUUUCGUUAAGGAUGUCUUGGUUCAGCUUAAGUAUGAUUUAUUUGUGGAUUAUUUGAUGCUUAUUGUGAUUGGAUGGGCUGCGACGACGUCGUUUUCUAGGGUUCUACUUGGACGGCAUUUCGUUUUCGAUGUUGUUGUUGGUGUGUUGUUGGGUGUUGGAGAAGGGAUGCUUGUGUUUUGGAUUUUCAAUUAUGUUGCAUUGACCUCAUUCUUCACAAAGUUGAAGUCAUGGGUUCGAGCUGUGGAAACAACCUCUUGCAGAAAUGCAGGGUAAAGUUGCAUACAAUUGAUCCUUGUAGUUCGGCCCUUCCUCGUACCACACGCAUAGCGGGAGCUUAGUGCACUGGGCUGCCCAUCAAGUUUGUAAAAUAUUUACCUUCCAGUCUCUUGCACAUUCACUGUCUUGGAAUUUCUACUUGGGUUGGUUGCUUCACGAAACAUGUGAUGUUGUCAUAUAAUGUAUUGCUUUUUGUUCUUGAUUUCUGGAAGUUUCUGAGGCUAUGGAGAUUCAUACAUCUUUCAUCAUGCAUGCAAGUGAAAUCCUUGCUUGGAAUUUUUGUUGCUCCCUCUUGAUUUAGAUGUCCUGAGUUCCUCUACUACUCUAGCGUUGCUAAUUACUCUGAAAUUUCGAAUUAAUUUGGAUUUUCGUGGGUGGCACAUCUGACAUUGAUAUGGAAUUUUAUCUUUUACAUUAUACAACAUGGAAGACAUAAAUGAACAUAAUUCUUCCUUUUCAUAGUUGAAGUGACAUCUGGGGCAGCCCUCCAUAGAACAGAAUCUUUCACCUAAUUGUCCUUCAGUGAAGUGUCUCAUUAUUGUUAUUGUCUGAUUUUUGUGUUCACAUGAAUCAUGAUUGAUUUUCUGUAGCAAUUUUAUUAUUAUCACGUUGCUCUGCAGAACUAUAUGUGGUCCUGUCAUGUUUACUUUCAGUGAAACUUUGAUGAUAAGCUAGGAGCAUUACAGUCUGUGUCCCUCCAAAGAUAGCAUUCCAUUUGUUGUUAUCCAUAAACUUUUCUACAACAUAUCCAUGUGGUGGUCCUGCCACAAACUCACUCCUCCUAGAUGUUUAUCCUGCUAUUAAUCAUGCUGAGUUAGUCAAAAGUAGCCUGGUUUACUAUCAUUAUUUGAAACUUCCGUCCCUUCUGAUUUUUUCAUAAUACUAGCUAAAAGUUCACUGACCAGCUUCGCCUUAGCAUGGACAUCUCUGCUUCUAUAUUACCAUUGGUGCAUGGAACUGAAGAACAAGAAACUUGUAAGAGCACCGAAAGGUAAAAUAUAUGCAUUACCUGCCUCUGGGAUCUCCCUUCUUCCUUUCACCCAAAUCAGUGUAUAAUGAUAUAUGCCAAGGAUACAUAUCAGAAAUGCACGUAAAACUUGUGUGCUUUGUUUUGAAUUGUAAUUUUUUCUGGAUAACAGGUAGUGUCCGAACUAGUUUGCAUACACCUUUACUAUUACUCUGCCCGUCAAGCCUUAAAACAAGUGGUUCUCAGAUGAAUGUUACCUAAAUGAAUGUUACUUGGUGGCUUGAUGCAACUUUAGAAAAUGACAGAUGGAAUCUAGGCUUGGUCAAAUAUUGUGGCUUAGUUUGAUAAUGAGACAAGGUUGAACUCUAGGAAGUUGUACAGUGAUUACUCAAUUUCAGACACUCUGCUUUUCUGUGUGUGAGUAAUUCAGGGCCUGCAGUAGAACAUACACUGUGAGAGCGACACGUGUGACAAUUUUUUUUUGGGCCUGUUUGUUCCUGUUAAAUUUAGUAUCUGUCCAUUGUAAUUGCUAGACUAGAUGUGUAUUUUAGUCAUUCCUGAAACAGGGCAAAAGGAGAAAGGUACACGCCUCAAGAAAGCAAAAGAUAUACCGCACUAAUAUAUGGUCAUCAGUUGAAAUAGAUAUAUCUGUCUCUGUGAAUUCUUCUUGAAUAAUGGAGUAGUAUAUUUUUUGUCAAUGUUUA